GAAACAACCAGGAAGUAAAGCCCAUCUAAACAGGACAUGAGGGUUUAGGUAUAUCGCUGUAGUGCCUGACUCUGUCGGUGAUGUUUUCUAUUGAAUCUUCAGCAGUGGCGCUCAAACUCUCUCUGAUUCCUCACUGAGAGCAUCUGAACCAGCAACAGCAGCGGAGAGCAUCAGGCUCAUACAAUUAACCAGCACUCCUGGGGUGCCUGGCCCUUCACUGAAGACAUGUCAGCAAAGGACGGAUCUAAUCACAGCAGUCACACUUCUCCUGCAGCCCUGCUAAUCGUCGGCCAAGUGAGGGGCCACAAAGCAUGCCAGAAACACACAUAAACACCCCACUGAAAUAACAGGUUGAGGAUCAGGAGUCAUGGAGUCUCUCUUCGGGGGCCAGUUGGGCUUGCUGGGGGGUAACGAGGGUCUGAAAGAAGAUGGCUGUGGGGUGGGCUGGUCCAGCUCUCCCUUAUCAGAGGAUAUGUACUCUGCCUCGCACUUCGCCCUCAUCAGCGCAUACCAGGACAUUAAGACUCGACUGGCUGGCCUCGAGCGAGAGAAUGCAGACAUCAAAAGAAAACUCAAGAUUUACGAGAUAAAGUUCCCCAUGAUAAGCGAGUUUGGAGAGGACAGAAACUCCUACUGCUCCUUUGAGCCCAAAGACACAGCGCUGCUCCAGUCAGAGAAUGGAAGUCUGCAACAGAGAGUCAACAUGCUGACCCUCGAGCUUCAGAAGAGCAAAGAACGAGAAGAGCAGCUUGAAGAUGUCAUUCAGGCCUAUGAGAAGAUCCACAUGGAGAAGUCCAGCCUUCAGCGAGACCUGGACAAGAUGGCGUCUAUGGUGGAGAAACACGUCGAGCGGAUUCACAGUCUAGAGUCGGCUCUGAGGCAGAGAGAAAGCUCUCUACACAAGCUCAACACACAGCUACACAACAAAGACAUGCAGUAUCUGCAACUUCACAGCCCUGACCCGCAUAUGCUAGACUGCCCCAUGACCCUACAGAGCUCCCGAAGUCUGGACACCCUCUCUGACCUCAAAUUACAGCGCCUGGAGGCGGAGCUAGAGGGGGCACGGCACGAGGCUCAGGGGGCGUGUCAGAGGGAGGAGGACCUAAAGGCUGAAUGUGAGAGACUACGGGAAGAGCUGAGAGAAUUGCAAAGCAACCAGAGACAGAGGGAGGUGAGCUCCACGUGUGGACAGUGUGAUGUGGAGUGGAUAAAGAAAGUUGGAGAUGAACAAGUCAAUCUGGCUUUGGCUUAUACUGAGCUAACAGAGGAGUUGGGCAAGUUACAGUCUCUGACCUCGAAACAGACCGAGAUAUUGCGGAAAGCCUCACAGGAGCCGGUUAGCCCAGUUCAGCGCCACUCUCCUGUCCCUCACCAGAGGCAUUCGCCCAUUCCGCAGCGGCAUUCCCCCAUCCAACAGCGUCACUCCCCCAUCCAACAGCGCCACUCCCCUGUGCCCCAGCGGCGCUCCCCUAUCCUGCAGCGACUCUCUCCGGACAUGCACCGUCGCUCACCUCUGCCUGAGCUCAGCGACGGGCCCGCUUCCUAUUCCUGCAGGCCCACUUCCCACCACCUGAGGGCCAGUUUCCAGGGAAGACGCAGUUAUUCUGAAGUAGCCGAUCCGUCGGCUUAUCAACGGCCGCCACGGUUUACUCUGGACCCGGUGUCCACCCUGCCGAAACCUCGACCUUAUGUCGACAGCUACCACAAGCAGAAGCAACAACAGCAGCAACAACAACAGCAACAUGGAGGAAGCCAGCACAUGUUAGUUCAAAGACAGGGCUCUCAGUCUGGCGAUGGGGGAUUGGCUGAAUCUCCACGGCUGUCCAGGGAGCUGUCCUUCCACCACUCGGAUGUGUCCCACUUGCAUUUCGAGCCUCAGCCCAGCCCAGCAUCUCUGCAUCCAUCCCCACAGCCUCCUCAGUCCUCAGAGGAUGAGGAGGAGUGGUCCUGCCCUCAUCCCAUCAGUCCACCGCGAACACUGGGGGUGUCGAGCCCCUCAUCGAGCUCCAGAGGCCCCGCCUCUUGUUCGGCUUUCCCCAUUCCUUCCCGUCCCAACACCCUAAGCUGCCACCCACCUGGAUACCUGCAUGCAGAGCACGCCCAGUCGUGGCCGUCCAUCAACCUGUGGAUGGAGACCGAGGAGGAGGGUGACGUCAGGAGCUGCCCGUUGUGCCAGCUAAUCUUCCCUGUUGGUUACCCUGAUGAUGCCUUGAUCAAGCACAUUGACUCGCACCUGGAGAACAGCAAGAUCUGACACCCACAGCCCCGCCAUGACCUUCCAUUGUUCCGCAGUUACAUUCAUUCUUCGCUCCUGGUAUUUUUAGCUGGGUGCCUUCAGACAGAAUGUAGUUGAUGCACCUGUGGCCAGUCUCGCAAUUUGUUAAGUGAAACGGAGAUCAAUGAUAACCUACACAGCUCCGAUAUGUAGUGAAUGGCUCAUAUCUCUAUAUAUCUCACUUCGUUUUAACACACAUUUCUUGUAAUUGGUAACUUCCAAUUUUGAACACUG